GGAAACUUUGCUUAUAUCAUCAGCCGUUGAAUUCCCGUCGAGGAGGAGGAAUCGUGUGUACAUGCGAGCCAAACCGGGGUCACCUUUUCUGUUUCUGUUCUUUAAACCCUUUUCCACUCAAAUUAGUUUCAUUUUGUAGAACGCGUUUGGUGCUAGCCAUUCUCCGUUAGUGUGUGCUCGUCGUCCGCCCGCCUGCCAGGCUAACAUUUAGCGGCAGAUGACAGUGACAGCAGGGUGUUGGUAGCUGCUCGGUGAUAAGAGAUAAAGUGGGUUAAAGGCGGCUGUUGGGGGCAGAUAAAAGCAAUAAUAACGGUCUGAACUCGACAAUGUAGCAACCACAAGCUCAACAGGAGGACUCGGUGUGUUGAUCAACCGGCUGGAGCACUAAAAUGUUUCCUCUGGUUGACUCACUCAGCAGGAAACACAUCGGUCACUGAAUCUGGCUGGACGAGACGGACGAUACGCUGAGUUUUUAUUUUUUAAAGUUGUUGUCAUAUUUAGCUAGUACCUGACCAGUUGCUGAUAAUGCGGCUGUUAAUUCGCAUUUCAAACUGCACACACAGAGUGCACCUGUGCAAACUGAAGCUAACUCAGUCCAGGCUGUUAUGGCUGGAGCACCGGCCGGCUGGAGCAGCUGCCCCCCGGAGGAAGAGACAGUCCGCCGGGGUGAAGUCUUCAGUCCAUCCGGUAGCUGCCUUCCCUCCCUGCUCCUCCAGGACCUUCGUGUCGGCGCUGUCCUGCAGUCCCCUCACAGCUCUCUGCUCACACACACCUACAGGCCGAGCACGGACGGUCACACACACACCUGUUGCCUUCGCCAGCUCCUCAGCAGACUCCACACCAGCCGAGUCAGGGAAGACCCAAACGGACAAGGAGAGGGAGAAGACUCCCACCACCGUCCCCCUGGAGGAUGUCAAAAGGAUUAUAAGACUUGCUCACCCGGAGAGAUGGACGCUGGCAGCUGCUGUAGGCUUCCUAACGGUCUCCAGUGCAGUCAGCAUGUCGGCUCCCUUCUUCCUGGGCAGAGUGAUCGACACGAUUUACACCACUGGAACAGACACAGAGACGAUGACCGCCUCCCUAACAUCGCUGUGCAUCAUGCUGACCGGAGUGUUUCUGUGCGGUGGAGCUGCCAACGCUGCCAGAGUCUACCUCAUGCAGGUUUCAGGCCAACAGAUUGUUCGUAAUCUCCGUGCGUCCUUGUUCUCAUCCAUCCUCAGACAAGAAGUGGCAUUUUUUGACAAGAAUAGGACGGGCGAGCUCAUCAACCGGCUCUCGUCAGACACAGCAGUGGUGGGUCACUCCAUCACGGACAACCUUUCAGACGGGCUGAGAGCCGUCGCCCAGGCAGGUGCUGGUGUCAGCAUGAUGUUCUACAUCUCCCCCAGUCUAGCGAGCUUCGUGCUGCUGAUUGUUCCUCCUAUGGCCGGUCUGGCUAUCAUCUAUGGCAGAUACCUUCGCUCCAUAUCCAAACGCACACAGGACGCGCUUGCACAAGCCACACAGUUGGCAGAGGAGCGGAUCAGCAACAUGCGGACGGUCAGGGCUUUUGGUAAAGAGCUGUCAGAAGUCGGCUCAUACACACUGAAGACGGACCAUGUCUUCGACCUGGCUAGGAAGGAGGCUGUAAUGCAAGCUGGCUUCUUUGGAGUGACUGGUCUCAGCGGGAACAUCAUGAUUCUGUCAGUUCUGUACAAAGGAGGCCUUCUGAUGGCCAGUCAUCACAUGACUGUCGGAGAGCUCUCAUCGUUCCUCAUGUACACCUUCUGGGUGGGCAUUAGCAUCGCAGGUCUGAGUUCAUUCUACUCUGAGCUGAUGAAGGGUUUUGGAGCAGGAGCCAGACUGUGGGAGCUGCUGGACAGAAAGCCAGAGUUUCCUCAAAAUGAGGGCCGAGUCCUUUCUUCAGACCAGCUGAAAGGCCAGCUAGAGUUCUGUGAUGUCACUUUUUCCUACCCGACUCGCAAGGAGGCUCCUAUUUUCCAGAAUCUAAGCCUCUCAGUCCCGGCUGGCACCAUUAUGGCGGUGGUGGGACCCAGUGGAUCAGGGAAGUCAACCCUGGUCUCACUGCUGCUCAGACUGUACGACUCGGAUGCUGGUGUCAUCACUGUAGAUGGUCAUGACAUCAGGGAUCUAAAUCCCUACUGGCUCAGGAAUCAUGUUGGGACUGUCAGCCAGGAGCCGGUGCUGUUUUCUUGCUCUAUUAGAGAUAAUAUAGCCUAUGGUGCUGUGGACCCAGGUGCUGUAAACACCGAGGACAUCUACAGAGCUGCCAGAGUGGCCAACGCCUAUGAUUUCAUCCAGGGGUUUCCUAAGGGCUUUGACACUGUGGUGGGGGAGAAAGGAGUGCUGCUGUCAGGUGGUCAGAAGCAGAGAAUAGCCAUCGCCAGAGCUCUACUCAAGAAUCCUAAAAUCCUGCUUUUAGAUGAAGCCACCAGUGCACUGGACUCUGAGAACGAGUUCCUCGUCCAGGAGGCAAUGGAGCGUCUUAUGGAAGGGAGGACAGUGGUGAUCAUCGCUCACCGGCUGUCCACCAUUAAGAACGCUGAUGCUGUCGCUGUACUCGACCAGCAACGUAUAGCCGAGUGUGGGAGGCCAACAGAGCUGCUAGGAAACAGGCAAGGACUGUUCAGGAAGCUAAUGGAGAAACAGGCGUUUCUACAGGAAGAACAGCAACGAGCACUUCUCUGAGAGGACGAGGAGCGCAGAUAAGUGCGAGAAAUCAGGAGGUGAGCUCAGUACCUGGGAAUAAGUGGCUUUAUUCCAGGUUGAAUUCCCCCCUGUGCUGUCUCACUGCUAAAAAGACUACAACAGGUAGCAAGAACGGAAAUGUGUAUCAGUGAAUUCUAAGAAACUGUGUUGGACGUAUCUCACUGUGCACUUAAAAAGAAAACCAGGAUGAGGUGAAGGAGGCUCUCGGUAACUCUGAUUUGAGAUCGGUGUCACUGUUUUACACAGUUCAGACACACGAGAGGAAAGUGCAGAAUCAUAACAAAACCAAAAAGAGUUCAGUAUGUCUUGGACAGACCAACUGCUAGUAUAUAUUUGUUUAUGGAUUUGUGUCUGUAUUAUUGUUUUGGUUUUUUUUUAACUUGAAGCCUACACACAGAGACUUUUACUGUCAUUUUGGAGUCAAAACAAAAAGCAGCUAUAUGUGGUUACACUGUGUUGUAGAACAGGACUGAACACUCUUCUAAUAUAUUUUGAUUUAUAUAUGCACAUUUGUCACAAAAGAAUAUUAGUUGUCCUGAAAAUCCAAGCUGAGGUGCUACGAAUUUGAAAUUAAUAUUUUUCUGGUCUGAGUUGUAUUGGCAGUGAGAUUGUUUUGCUUGUACAGUUACGUUCCGUCGUUCUUGAGUUUAACUUGCCUCGGAUUUAACUGACAACCGUGAAACUUUGCCAUCUUUGUAUGUCAGAAAAAAUGUAGUGAGUUGGGGACUGAGGCCUCUUUUCUGAAUGAUGUGCUUUCAUCAUCAGUGUCAGAAGUGCUCUGUGUGUCAUCUCAACAGUGACCUCUAAAUCCACAAAUCCUUCAUCACAUCUCAUUACUCAUUUUUACAAUGUUACCCUGUACUCAGCCUUUAUGGUAGAGUUUGGAAAAAAAAAUGAAACCUUUAUCACAGACAUACUCAGUACACCGCUUGGUGUUUACAGGAUGUGCACUUGACCAGCCUUAAAUUCGACAUAAACAGCUCUCAAACCACCUACACUUUCACCACGGUUCUGUUAAGCCGGCUAAAUAUUAUAGCUGGCAUGGAGAGGCUGCCUAAGAACUCAGAAUUCUCCUCAGUAAAUAUUUGGCUUGUUAACUCCCACUUCCCUGCUCACCGAGAGCCUACAGCAGAAUGUUUGAGGAUUUCCCUUUUAGUCCAGACAUUCUCAUACCCCGAGUCGGACUUAAACGUAGUCACAGCUGAUUGGAAUGAGCCACAGCUGCUGCCAGCCUCUGUGAGAGUGAGAGUGAGAGUGAGAGUGAGAGUGAGAGUGAGGCUGAAUCCCAAACCGGCCCCUACACACUAUCCCUACACACUACCCCUCCGUUUGCGCGUUCCCGCGGAGGGUCCUCCAUAUUAAGGGCCGUCCCAAACCGCGUAGUGCGGAGGGAGAGUGGACUGUUCAGCCCUUAAAUAGCGAGUCUGCAUCGAUGCUCACUCUGGACAACUUUUUCAGGAAGUGCAACGUCGAAAUGGAGGAGGAAACCAACAUAUUGAUUUGAGUUCCACAUGCGUCCCUUAUUUCUCCCACGCCUUUUUUACACUGACAGAGCAUCACAAAAAGAGUGAUGUAAAAAGAUAAAUCAAAAGAAACAAAUCUUCUUCUCUGCUGACGUUUGAUUUAAUUGUGCACCCCCUGACACCUUAAAAUUUGAACACAACUGACAGAAUUCAUUUAUUCAUUUGUUGGAUUUGAAAUGCCAGAUAAUAGGAUUGGAAAACAUGUGAGUGAAAAAAAGUGGGAUGCGUUCGUCUUCUGGAAGCAGCAGCGAUCCUUGUUAGUUGCAACCUGUGCCACAGCGGUACAGCCAUGCACAGUAGGCGUCUUUAUGUUACCAUGGCAAUGACGUCUUCCGUUUUCCGGUGAGGCGACGGGGCACCCCAUUCCUGACGAUCGUAUUUAUACCCUCCCCCUUCAAUAAUAGGUGCCCUCCACAGCUGCGAGUGUGACUUCUUUUGGAGUGACACUCGGUAGUGGAGGAGGAGUGUGUAAGGGGCGGUUUGGGAUUCAGCCUGAGAGUGAGAGUGAGAGUGAGAGUGAGAGUGAAAACUGCCACUGUGACAAUAAUGGCAUGAAGACUCUCAUAACAAUGGAUUAUGGCUCAUAGCAGAGACUGAAAUCACGUCCACCCAGCACUGAUCACAGGUGGUUUAAAUACCCUCAUGAUGUUACAUAAUUAACCAUUACAGUGUGUUGACUAUAUGGUAGCACAGUUGGAAUUCUGUUCUGUAUGUUAAUCAACACAUCCAUCACAAAAUGUUUAUUGUAGUUCUGGUUUUUUUAAUCGUCGUUCUCUUCAUUCCUUGUCUCACAUCAACAGCAAGUCAUUUUUACUUGAAUGGCGUUGGAUGUCCGUGUCACUGUGACAUGUUCGUUCACGUUUCAAAGGUAAAUAUCACUUCAAACGAUGCGUUGAACGUCGCCUCUGUUUUGUGUGAAAUGAUAUUGCCAAACUGUUUUCAUUAUAAUGUAAAUGGAAAGACAUGCAGAUAAAAAUGACUCAUCAUCUCGUUGCACUCUGCACUAAAUGAUUAAGGUGUUUUGAAGUUUAAUAGUUGAUAAUAGAUUCAUGUAUUCAUGCAAAUCACAGAACACAGCUAAGAAUUUCUUUGUAUGUAAUGAGAUAGAAAUAUGAUCUAAAGGAUAUAUGAUAGAUUUUUAAAUGAUUUUUUGUGUUUAAGUUAUUAUACUUCUAUGAAAAGAUGAAUAAACUGAAAUAUUAAUAGUUA